AUGACGCAAUUUGCAGGUAAGGUUCACGGAUCACUCGCACGUGCCGGAAAAGUCAGAGGCCAAACCCCCAAAGUGGCGAAGCAGGACAAGAAGAAGAAGCCACGUGGACGAGCCCACAAGAGGAUGCAGUACAAUCGCCGAUUCGUCACCGCCGUGGUGGGAUUCGGCAAGAAGAGGGGACCCAACUCAUCUGAGAACCUUUGUGAAGAAACAGGACAAUCCUCUGAACCUGCAUUACCAGGUAAUUUCUCUGCCUUGAGAAUUUUGCGCCUUUAUAGGGGGCAAGAAUGA